AGAAUAUGAUUUUAAAAAAGAACCCCCUGUUGAAAUGUGGGACGUAAAGUACGUAGAGUAAUAUAUAUUUUUGAACAUUGAUUUUAUUACACACUGAACACGGUGAUUUUACUGAUCGCAACAUGAAAUUCGUUUCAACAGCGUUGCUGUUUCUGGUGUCUCUAUUUGGUGUAAAUCUAACAUGUCUUCAUAAAGGUUGUCCCCUGACCCCUGGGUUAAAGAUUGAACAUCUAGAAGCAGCUAUACAAGUAGGUCUGCGUCCUAGUGAGAUUUGGAAAGACAUAUUUCGAGUGGUACAGUGGAAUAUUUUGUAUGAUAAAAAAAAUGGAUCGGACAGCUGGGAAAAUAGGAAAAAAGAUCUAUGUGAUUAUAUCAGAAGGAUGAAACCAACGGUUUUUGGUCUCCAAGAAGUUAUGAGACAUCAACUUGAUCACCUCAGAUCAUGUCUACCAAGAUACAACUUUGUUGGUCGACCUAUAGACAGUACACCAGAUGCAUUAUACAACCCUGUAUUCUACGAAAAAUCGAGUCAAAUACAAUAUAUCGACAGCGGUACAUUUUGGUUGAGCGAGACACCGGAUCAGUCCGGUACAAUGCUGCGUAAUGCAAAUUACAGUCGCAUUUGCAGUUGGGUUAAACUGAACUAUUACAAUUCGGUGACGUGGAAAACAAUUUUUGUAGCGACAACACAUAUCACAUACACAGAUGAAGAUAUCGCAGACCAGCAAGUUAAAAUUUUGUUGAAUUAUCUCCUUCACAACGUUUUGAAAAACAAACCAUAUCCGAUCAUCCUAACUGGUGAUUUUAACUGGGAUGAUCUUUCCGCAAUGUACAACACAAUGGAGCAAAGUAACUGGUUCCACAACAGUAUGGCUAUUGCACGGCUUUCUCUUCCUCAGCUUACAGCCUUGGAUCCUUACGCGGGUUUGGUCGACUACAUAUGGAAGUCAAAUGCAGUGAGUUUGUUGUCAGCUACGAUGAUGGAUACAAGACCGAAUGGAAGAAUGCUGUCCGAUCAUCGACCUGUGUUCGGUGCGUUCCUGCUGUAAAAAAAAAUUCUUUUAUUGUAAACAAUGAAUACUCUUUAACCUAAAAUUCGUGUUUGCACGUGCAUGAAA